AUGGCGAGCUCUUUUCCGGUGCACUUGGAGGCCGAUCUGGUCACUUUGGUGGAAGAACGGCCUGCCUUGUGGCAGAUUAAACAUCACGACUACCACAAGAAAGACGUUCGCGAGAGGUUGUUUGGGGAAAUCGCGCUUGAACUUGGAGUGGAGGUUGCCGCUGUAAAGGCAAAAUGGAACUCGCUCCGAUCGGCGUUUGCCAGAGAGCAAAGAAAGACAUUAGCCAAGCGGUCAGGGGACGGCGGAGAUCAGGCGUACGUUUCGUCGUGGACGCAUUUCAAGAGGAUGAGCUUCAUCGCAUCUGGAAAUCCAAGGAGCGGUAGCGACUCCAGCCUCGACAAGUCGUCAUCUUCCCCCUUAACCCCGACUCCCGCCGUUCAGGCUCUACUGGAGUCGACACAAAGAAGUGUUGCAACUGUUGAGGAUGAUGAUGAACGACAUGAAGUCAGUCGUGUCCUGAUAGAGGAAGACCUUGAGCCUGUGGACACGCAGUCGACUGCCCGUGCAGAGCACUUUUCUCCAGUGAGCACACACGGCGCACAACCUCGCAAAAGGGCUCGGACGGCUACAGAACAGUCCCCAACGGUGCUGGAGCGACGGACAGUACUCUUGCAAGCAGCCAUCGAUAGACUGAACCGGCCGGCUGCUACUUGCCAAACAGAUGAGGUCGAUGAUUAUGUCAAACGGCUAGCAAAUGUGUUGCGCCGCGUUCCAUCUGGAGCGCAGCGUGAAAAACUAUUUCACGCGUUAAUGACUAAGGCACUUAACACAGUGUUUGAAAUGACAGACUUUGGCAUAGAGUUUUGA